AAAUUCAUACAUUGCUUUGCAAUGCUUUUUAAAAGCACAGAGAAAGUGGUCAACCUAAAAAUAAAACUGCCUUUCCCUGAAAGCUUCGGCGUUCUCCCCUCCCCCUUCUUAUCCGUGUCUCUCUGGUCGCUGUUGCGUUCUGUACGUCCAGUUAUAAAAGUGAAACAAAAGCAGAGAGAAAAAAAAACUCGCCGGGCUGCUUCCACACAGACAGGCUCCAGUAAUGGCAGUGUAUCGCCUGAACCCACAGCGCGCUGCGAAUACCUAGAGACGCCGGCGGUUCGCACACGGCCAACAUAACGGGCUCGGUUUUUAGAUCUUCAAACAGUUCCGAAAUGAAAGUUAGGGUCAUCGGAUUAGCCUUUUACUCGCCACUUCACGUUGAUUUGGCGCUGCUCGUGUAGAUGAUAAUUACGUCUUAUUACGAAAUACAAAGGGAUCCCAGGGCAGAUUACAAGAGAGCAAAGGUUUCAUUUGCCCGCUCUAAUCAAAGUGGUGGGAGUGCUGUGAUGGAGAGGGGUCUGUAGAACGUCAGAGGCACAGAACACAGGGGCUUUGCCACGUAAUUACAGGCGCGUAUGAGCAGAAUCUCGUCUCCCUGGGGUCGCCAAUUUUAAUUUAUUCGGCGCAAAACAAUCCCUGGACGGCACUCUGCUGGCUUUUGAAGUGCCAGAAAGGCCUUUUUUUUACUCAGCAAGGAGGAGAAGUACAGCUCACUUCAGAGUUCCUCCCGCCUCGAGUCUUCCAGCAAAAAAACUUUUCCCCCUCCUGUAUGUGUGUCUCCUUUUGAAAACAGAGUAAGUUGAGAAAGCUGCAUGUACAUCUGCAAAACAUCAUUCUUUCUAAACUGAUGUCACCUAUGUGAGUCAAGGAGAAGGAAGGACAACUUUUCUUCAAGUUCCUCUGAAGUUGGCUAUGUGCUGCUGUUACAUGGGCGUCGGAACAGCUCUCUAUAAGGGAAGUUUGCUCAUUUUCUAACUUAAAAAAAUACGUUUUGAGUUUCCCGGCGUCCGGUUCAAGUGCGUGGAGUUCUCUUUUCUGACAACAUUGGCCUAAACUGGAGACGAAGGGCGUCGAGUCUCGGAAGGUUGUGAGAAUUUGCACCUACAUUUUUUGUUUUAAAAUAAAAGAUUUUUUUUUAACAUCUAAGCCAUGACCUCCAGUUAUCCUCAUGUAAUGGACAGGCAAACGUCCUCUGUACCCAGUCGCUUGGAGAACACUAUCACUGCCAACAUGGACAAUUUACAGUCUAAAAAGAAUUUCACGGUGAGUCACCUGCUGGAUCUGGAAGAAGUGGGGGAGAUGAACCUCCAGCAAGCCGACGAGAGUGUGAGUGAGGCGGGAAGGAAACUGGUCGAGUCCCCGGCGGUGACCAGCGGCAGUGACACUCCACAACAAGAAAGUGAUAAAAUAAACACAGAGCAGAAGAAGAAACGGAAGCAGAGGAGGAACAGGACCACCUUCAACAGCAGCCAACUGCAGGCUCUGGAGAGAGUCUUCGAGAGGACGCACUAUCCGGAUGCUUUCGUUCGCGAAGAUCUGGCCAGAAGGGUCAAUCUCACCGAGGCUAGGGUCCAGGUUUGGUUUCAGAACAGAAGAGCAAAAUUCCGACGGAAUGAAAGAGCCCUGUUGGCCAGUAAAAAUGCCUCUAUCCUCAAAUCAUACAGCGGGGAGGCGGUGGAGCAGCCCAUGGCUCCGCGCCCAGCACCCAGAGCCCAGGAUUACCUGUCCUGGGGAACGACAUCUCCAUAUGGUGCUAUGGCCACGUACUCCUCCUCUUGUGCUACCACUAACCCUACUCAAGGAAUGAACAUGGCCAACAGUAUUGCAAACCUUCGUCUCAAGGCCAAAGAGUACAGCUUACAAAGAAAUCAGGUGCCCACCGUAAACUGAGCGCCUUUCAUGGACUAAAGCAAUCAGGGGUCCUUCAAUUCCCUGCAACCAGACAGCAUCAGCAAAAUAUCUCAUGGAAGGACAAAGACACAAGCUAUAAACAGCAACAAAUAUCCCAAUACAACAGGCAAAUAAAAACAAGGACACGCACAAAUACUUGACCUGUAUAGAGCCAGAAUUGCUGACGCGUUUCAUCCCUGUGGAUUUUUAAUAAAAGAUAAGAGUAAGUAUAUAUUCCAGUUUUGUCAAAAUCUUUUCCACCCUGGAUUUAAGAUACUGGGACACAAUUGUCAAACUUUGGCUAGACCAAUUACAAGACUUUUUUUUGUUGUGUGUAUGUUUUAAAGGGGCUUUUAUUAGUUUUCCAACUGUGUUGUAUUAAAGUUAUAUUGUAUUGUUUCUAUACAGAUUUUACAUUUUGUAUCCCAUGACAAGAUUAUUGUUAGCAAUGCAUUUUUUUCUAUAGAGGCAAGCUUGAUAAGGCAAUCUUUUUGUUGACCAAACUAUUUUUGAAAUAAGGCAAAUCUGAUUUCCUAUUCUUUCUACGUCUGUAACAGCCUUUACCGAUUCUUAAAGGAAAAAUGAUUCUGUUGUGUACAAUAAAGGAACAAGCACUCAAAAGACGUGGGUUUAUAUCUGACUAGAAAUGCAUCAAUAAAUUAUUA